GCGGGCUUGCUGCUAACGUCGCUGCCGGCGUCGUCGUCUGUCGCGGCCGUCACAGCUCGCAGUGGUUGUUAUUUUUUUGGUUUUGGUUUUUAGUUGCUGUUUAAACUUGGUCGUGAGAGGGUAGGAGCCCCCGUCGUUGCAAGCAUUUGCCACCCAACUGAUCGCGCUGCCUCGAAAAAUAUAAAUAUAAACUGUGAAUUGAUUGUGAUUAAGUGAACUUUUGUGUCAACUGAAAAGUGAAACGUGAAGCUGCUGGACAGCAACAGCAAUAAGAACAACAACAUUCAUCCACAAAUACUACAACAUAUUUUGAUGGCGCCCGCCGCCGUCGCCGCCGCCUCGGGCUCCUUACCCAUCACCACGAAUUCGCUGCAGGACAUGAGCGCCGCCGCAGCAGCCAUUGCUUUGGACAUGAAGCCUAAGGGCGAAUUGGCCGCGGUUCCAACCCAAAAGAUCAAGAAAUUGGUUCGUCGUAACGCCUCCGAUAAGUUGAAGCUCAUACAGAUGGUCCACGACAAUCCCAUUUUGUGGGACUCGCGCUUGCCCAACUUUAAGGGCGCCGAGGAGGAGAAGAAUCGUGCCUGGGAGCACAUUGGCAGGGAGUUCAAUGCGCCCGGACGUCGAGUGGCGCGCGCUUUUAAAUCUCUGCGCGAAUCUUAUCGCCGGGAACUGGCCCAUGUCAAAUUGAUGGGUAAUGGAUUUAAGCCAAAAUGGAGUCUGUAUGAAGCCAUGGAUUUCCUACGAGAUGUCAUCAGAGAGAGAAAGGGCGCCUCACAUGCCAGCGAUCUCAGUCUCAGCGCCUAUGCCCAGCACUUGCACAACAACAACAAUAAUAAUAACAACAGUAACAACAACAACAACAACACACACAGCUUACUAAGUGCGAGCAAAGCAGCAACAGCUGCUGCACUCAAGUUGAGCUCGGCUUUCAACGAUUCGUCGAGCACCGUGUUGAAUUUGUCCAAAUGCUCGAGUCUGAACCUGAGCAGCGAUGAAUAUUAUGCCGAUUACUACGUGAAGCCCGAGUUGGAUUUGUCAAUUGGAGGCGCGGGGAUUGCGGGGAGCAGCAGCAGUGCGAGCAGCAAUGGCAGCGGAAGUGGCAGCGGAGUGGGAGGGGUGGCAUCUCAGCCAUUGCCCGCCCAUCAACAGGCCUUGGCCCAGGCUCAAGCUCAGGCCCACAACGAUAGUCGAGUGAGCUCGACAAGGAAUGACAGUGGAGUCCUGAAUUCACAUCAGCAGAGCUAUGAUGAUAUGGACGCGAGUUCAUUGCGCAGCGGCGAUGAGGAUCAUGACAAUGUCUCCGAUGAAGUGGAAGAGCUGGAGGCCAUCGAUGCAGACUUUCCAUAUCCCAUCAUACUCGACUCCAAUUCGCCGCGUAGCAAUAAUAGUGCCGUUGAGAAUGGGCCGACAACGAUGAGGAAACGUCGUCGCAAUGGCGAGACGGAUGAACUCGAGGAUGCGGAUAUCGAGGGUGAUGAUUAUGACGAUCAAAUGCUGCAACAACAUCGUCAUCUGCGGCAGCAACAAAAUGCCGCUGCCGCCGCAGCAGCUGCAGCUGUUGGAGGACUCGAGUUGCCACCACCCCAAACGGUGCGCGAGGUACUCAACUCAAAGUUCUGUGGAUUCAUUUCGGCCAAGUUGAAUAGCAUGGAAGAUUCAGAGGCGGAUAAUCUGAUGAAUCGCAUUCUGCUGCUCGUGGUGCAAAUGCAACAAUGCGAGGCAGCCAAAUAGGGGAAAGGAAUCAGGAUCAUUAGCUGGGGAAUCUGGGUAGACUUAAUAGAAAAGCUCAUUAUGGAUUAAUGCAGCUGCUCAAAGCACAUACUUUUCUUGCCAUCAACAUUUUCUCAUUUAUUUAAAAUUGUUUUCUCAAUUUGCCAUACACAAAACAAACAUGUUCAAUGCAAAUUUCCAAUGCCAAAUUUGUGCCAUGCCAAAAAGAACAAGAACUAGAACUAGUACCAAAUGUAGCAACCCCUAUGGAAUCACUUUUUUUAUAGCUAUACCCCAAAAAAAAAAAAAAAAAUACAUAUACAAAACCGAAACACAAA